AUGGCCGAUACAGCAAACCCUCCUGCACAAACAGCACCACCAUCCAACGCCAACGCCGGCGCAACAGCAACAGCACCACCGGCACAACCAGACUCCUCAGACAAACAACCCCAAUCACAACCACAGAUACAGGCACAAAACCCAGGACAACAACCACAAUCACAACCCUCCCAGAAUGCCACAACGACAACAACAACAGACCAAUCCCGCGGCCUCCCCUACUACGAAAAACUCCGACGCGACCUACGCGAUACUCUCCAAAAGAAGCGCCUAAUGGAUAAAAGCAUGGCCCAACUAGAAGACCAAAUCUACCGCUUUGAACAAUCCUACCUCGAAGAAACAACCGCCGGAAACAUAAUCAAGGGCUUCGAUAACUACAUCAAGGGUUCUUCUACGGGGUCGACGUUGACAAGUGGUAUCGGGCUGUCUGGUGCUGGGAUGGGCGCUGCGGGGGGUGGAGCAAGACGGAAGGCGCAGGUUACCGAGACGGAUCGGGUGUUUUCGAGGAGUUCGGCGAGUUUUAUGAGGGAAUCUCCGACGCCUUCGUCUGCGCAGACAACGCCUGCGCCUACGCCGUUGUCGAAUGGGGGUGAUGCUUCGACGAAUGGGAAUUCGAAGGCUGGCUCGAAAAAUAAGAAGAAAUCUGGGAAUAAGAAUGUGGAUGAAGAUGUUGAGGAUAGUGAUAAGCCGCCCGUGAAGCGGCUGAAGAUUAGUUAUGGGAGGGAUUGA